AUGUUCAUUCUGUCAAAGAUUAAGGAGCUGGUGAGGGUGCCCCCCGACCAAUUUCAACGGAAAACGGCUUUUGCCGUGACGCAUCAGUUGAACACGAAGUAUGCAAACAAGGUGAUCCCUAACCUGGGGCUGUGCAUCUCUGUCUACGAUCUACUCGAGGUAGAUGAGGGUCAAUUGAAGCCCGGGGACGGGGCCACGUACACGAACGUGACUUUCAGGGCGCUCAUAUUCAAGCCGUUUGUCGGGGAGAUUCUGACCGGGUGGAUCACCAACUGUAACGCGAACGGGAUGCAGGUGACCUUGAAGGGCCAGAUGUUUCAGGAUAUAUUCAUACCGGCGAACAUGCUGUUUGACAACUGUUACUUUCUGCCCAACGAGAGUGCGUGGGUCUGGGCGAUGGACGACGACAACAAACUGUACUUUGAUAUCAACGAAAUGAUCAGGUUCAGAGUGGAGCAGGAGGUUUUCAUAGACGUCAAACCAAGCGCUCGCGACGAAGCCGCGAAGAACGAGGAGGACAACGAUGAGACGGGGGAGAAGAAGAAACCAGCGGCACCCCCCUACGCUAUCUUAGGGAGUUGCCAGACGGAUGGGAUGGGUCUAGUCAGCUGGUGGGAGUGA